GGUAAACCAGGCGGUGGUUUCUUUUAUUCCGGAGACGUUGGAAGCGGAGUGUACUGUCGCUGCCUUCACACGACACUGAAAGUGAAGCUGAUUGUGCGCCAGAAGCAGAAGCACGGCUCCAUUACCAGCGCCGCCGCUCGCUUACAGUGAUGGGAAAGAAAAGCCGUGCAGGGCCGGGCCGACGGACCAUUUUACAGCUUUCACCACCAGGACUGCGUAGCGGCACAGGAGCAGGCCGAGACGAGGCUGCAGGCUCUGGAUCAGAAGGGGAGACCGAGGGUAAUACAGGCAAAGACGGUCAAGCAAUCUACAGGGAGAUGAACAUGGAAAUGAAGACGUCAGCAGUAAAGGCAACACAGGGCUUGUCUUUGCUCGGUGCUUAUGAGGACAGUGAGGAAGAGGAUGCAUCGGACGCAAGCAGUUCUGCUGCCAAAGCAAAGCUCAAUCGAUCUGCAGACAUUGACAGUACACUUGCAAGUUUUAUGGCUGAAAUUGAUGCUAUCACUACUCAGCCUGUCCAGACUGAUGAUGCUACAAAGGACGAGCCCUGUGUCCCAGCACCUACCCCUCCUCGCCCCGAACCCAAGGCAGAACAGCACGCUUAUGCACAAAAUGGGUCUGCACAGGAACUUCAGUAUAAUACACAGUACUCUUUGGCAGGAGCUGGUGUUGAAAUGGGUGACUGGCAGGAGGUAUGGGAUGAGAACACGGGCUGCUACUACUAUUGGAACACCCAGACUAACGAGGUGGCUUGGGAGGUUCCCCACUAUCUGGCUGAUCAGAUGCAGAAUUUACAGCAGUAUUCAGAGAACUCAUCUGUUAAUGGCAGUGAGGUGUUGCAUCAUGCAGCGAGUUAUGCUGAACAGCACUCGGCCCCGACUGUCACUGCAUCAAAGCAAGAACCAAAAAAGAAGGCAUUAAUGGAGAGUGUAGUUGCAUUAACUAGUGAUGAGGAGGAGAGGAGAGGGGUAGCUGCCUCUCUCCUUGCCCCUUUAAUACCGCCUGAUGUAAAAGAGGCAGAAGAGAAAUGGAGGAAGAAGAUUUUAGCAAUGGACGAGAAGGUGGAGAAAGCUCCAGAGGUUGAGGGAGAGGCGUCUCCAGGUUCUCCUGCUCAUUGUGAUGAAGAAAGCCUUGCUCCAUGUAAUCAGCAAAGUAGGAACCAAUCUAGAGAAAACUCUGACAGAGAAGAGGAAACCGAGGAGGACACCAAAGAACUAGAGCUUGCAUUAGAGAGGAAAAAGGCUGAACUUCGUGCUUUAGAAGAAGGUGAUGCCAGUGCCGGCGGUUCAAGCCCCUGUUCUGAAGCAAGUCAAGAGGGUUCUCGAGGCCUUUUGAAGAAGACUAAGUGGAAAACAGCCUUUCUUCGGGCACAAAGUCCUGACUCAAACAGCAGAGGCUCUGACAAAACAGAAUGGGACACUGCAGAACCUGUGGAUAUAGCACAUCCCAAAACAGCUGAGAAAGAAGAGGACAAAGAGGAACAGGAAAAAACUGUAUCCAAAACACAAGAGGAGGAUACAGCAGACUUGAAGUUUCAGAUCGGAGAGCUUGCUAAUACCUUAACCAGCAAAAUGGAAUUCUUGGGAAUUGACAAAAAGGCCAUCUCCAACUUUCAGUUGCUUCUGUUGCAAACUGAGACGCGGAUAGCAGAUUGGCGAGAAGGAGCUCUGAAUGGAAAUUAUCUUCGCCGCAGGUUACAGGAAGCUGCUGAGCACAUAAAACAUUACGAACUUAACGCCACUCCCAAGGGCUGGUCCUGCCACUGGGACAGAGAUCACAGGCGAUACUUCUAUGUGAAUGACCGGACCAGUGCCUCCCAGUGGGAGUUUCCAGCAGUGAAGGAAGAUGAGGAAGAUACCACACCACCCCAACCCUCUGCAGUUUGUCAGGAAAAUGCAGAUCAACUACCUGCUGAGGCUUCCAGUGGUGUAGAAGAAACACAGUCGUAUUGGUCAGCUCCUCAACCUCCACUUCCACCAAACACACCACCUCCUCCUGCAGAAGAACCACCUCCACCACCACCACCUCCUGAAUCUCCUCCACCACCCCCUCCUCCACCACUCAGCGAUGAUGGAGAGAUCGAGGAGGUUGAAAUGGAAGAUGAGGAUGCUGAGCCACCUGCUCCUGGAACAGAGGAAUUUAGGGCAAGUGAAGCGGCAGCAACUCAAGGAGCUGUGGCUAAAGGUCAGAAGAGGAAAGCUCCAGGAUCAGAACAGUUAAACAAAGCCAUCACUAUUGGCAGCAGUCCCAUACUAUACACCCAGCAUACUGCCACAGCAGCCCCUAUAAUCGCUGCAAGUACUUAUUGGGGUAUGACUGCAGUAGCUACAACUGCUCUGCCAUCGGAGACUUUUGUUCCACCAAUGCCAGCUGCACCUUCACAACCUCCACUUCCACCACCUCAGCCUCCAGUUGAACCAGUGAUCCCAAAGAUGGCUACGGACAAAACUAAAAAGCUAAAGAAGGACAAGACGAAAAAGAGCAAGACUAAGAUGCCAUCUUUAGUGAAAAAAUGGCAGAGCAUCCAAAAGGAAUUGGAUGAAGAAGAGAAGUCAAGUUCUAGUGACGAAGACAGAGACCAACUAAACAAUAAGCGCAUUGAAGAGUGGAAACAGCAACAGCUUUCCUCAGGAAAGGCAAUGAAGAACGCCAACUUUGAAGCUUUGCCUGAUGACUGGAGAGAAAGAUUAUUAAAGAAGAGGAAAAUGAUGCAGAGUUCAUAACAUUGGCCCUUGGGUUUGAAACGGUCUUGGACUAGAUUUUUUUUUUCUUAACCUUUUUGUACAUGAUGGACUAGAUUUAACUGAAUGUUUUUAUAUUAUCACCUCUAUUUAAGUGGUGAGGAGGUAUUCUGAAGAAAGGCAUCAAAGUGUCUGUUAUUGUUUUUGUAAAAAUAAAUCUGUGUACAAAGUAUUUGUUAUAUUUUCGGUUUCAUGUUAUAUCCCUUGCAUCAACAUUGAUCAAUAGUAAUUGCGGAACAACCUGCCUUCUUUUAAUUUUAGCAUGUGUUGUUUUUGAGACUAGUACUUUGUAUAGAUUAUGGCAAGUUUUGUGAUGUUUUUAAGAUGUAAUGUGCCAUGAUCAUGUGUCUUUGGUCCAAAGACUGUUUACUGUAGGAAUUCAAGCUAAUUUAAUGUCCAUGUAUUACCGAUACCUUGAAGCUGAUGUUCCUAGCUUUAGCCAUAAAAAGUGAUGGAAUAAUACACAAUUGUGCAUGGUUGAGAACACUGUUUUCCCCCCAAGCUUUUUGAGGUGAUCUGUUAUUUAGGGUGAUCUGUUAUUAAUGAGGGACCUGUAUAUAAAUACUUACCCUUGGGGUCAAAUUUCUUAUAUACAUCAGUGAAGGAAUUGUCUGUGCAGGGUAUAGGCUUUGCAAUAAUACUUUAUAAACAAACUAACAAUUUAAGUUUUAAUCUGGAGAAAUUUCAGCCAAUUACAGCCAUGCUAGUUUCUUCCACAGUGUUCUGUAUAGCAGUGUCCCUUACUAGAAUUCGGGUGAGGUGGUCGCUGAAGUUUUCUAUGUUGUAAAUAAUAAAUUUAUACCACCUAA